CACUUACAUGCGCACACACACACACACGGAGGACACACCGCCGGUUGGGACCUCGCGGCUCGGACUGCACUGCCCGCGCGCGCCUGUUUUCUGUGUGUUUGUGUCAUCGCGCGUGCUGGCUGAGUGUUUCAGUUUGACUGUUGUGAAAUCAGGCUGUUUGCUGUCCGCGCGCGCAGUUCCGGUGAGUUUGUGAAAGGCGCGCGCAGGUCCCGCUCCGCUGCUCAGAGAGCAGCCCUAAAUCACGAGCGUUCUGACCGUAAGUUGUGUGUGUGUGUGUGUAUGUGUGGCACCGAUAAGCCGCCCUGCGCCGGGACCUCCUACAGACCACCGGGACCAGAGAGCGCGAGGAUGUUAUUCUACGCUCUCCUCUUCGUCGCCGUGGGGAAAGCAGCCUGUUCCAGCAGAACUGAGGCUCCGCCCACGCCGCAGUCAGGUGUGCAGUGUCAUGACUGGGGUGUGCACCAGGGAGCUUCAGUGGGUGUAUAUGAGGGUGAAUCUGGACGGAUUCCCUGCCCGCUCUUCUCCUUUCCCUCCCUCUAUAACUACAACCAAAGCUCCGGACUAACACUGCUGUGGUACAGACACACAAGCACUCACGAGCUGGAGCAGCCCAUAGACCUGCGCGCACACACGUUUCUCAAACACCGCGACUCGCUGUGGAUACAGCCGGCCACGCUGCAGGACAGAGGCCUGUACAUCUGUAUGCUCAGGAACACCACAUCGUGUGCGAAGGUGGGGGUGCAGCUGCAGGUCUUUGUGCGUAAUGGUGUGUGUGAUGGUACGCUCCAUCGUAACGUCACCGUCCCUUUCCAGAAGUCCUACACGCUGCGUUGCCCCGACCUGCAGCACCUGCCCAGCGUCUCUUACAAUGUCACCUGGUACCAUAAGUGCAGGGGGGAUUUGUCAGUUUUUUACCACAGGCAGGUAGAGGGGGAUGAGGUGAAGAUCUAUAACUUGCUGAUUGGUUCUGAGGGGCCGUACACCUGCGUUGUCUCCUACCAGAGCAAUGGACACACACUCCAGUUCACUCGUACCAUCAACAUCAAGCCCGUCUCACCCAACUGUGGAACUGACCAUCCAAGGGUUCUGAAUCCAACAUCUGGUCAGAUCUACACAGUUACUCUGGGUGAGGCUGUUAAUCUGACUUGCCGGGUGUUUCUGCCCUGCAUGGAAAACGAGGAGCAGCAGGUGUGGUGGAGCAUCGACAAGAAAACAGUGGAAGAACUAGCAGACCCUCGCUAUAGCUCACCUGCAAGGAGUAUUGAGCUGGAGGAUUACGGUGAUCAGACUGUGCAGAAAGUGCUGCACGUGUCCGAGUUUUCGGCGGCGGAUCUUCAGAGGGAGUUUCGCUGCUCCGCCCGAAACAGCAGAGGAUUCAACACCAGCGUCGCAAACCUGCAGAAAGAGGUGUAUAUUCCCUCUGUGGAGCUGGGCUGUGGUCUGGGUGUAACUCUGGCUGUAGCUGUGCUGCUGUUCGUGCUGUAUCGUGUGUAUAAACUGGAGGUUCACCUGCUGUAUCGCUCCUGGUUUGGAACUGAUGAGAGAUACUCAGAUGAUAAGGAGUACGACGUGUAUAUCUCAUACGCGCGGAACGGAGAGGAAGAGGAGUUCGUCAUGACGACGCUGAGGAGGGUGCUGGAGGUGGAGCUCGGAUACUCCGUCUGCAUCUUUGACAGAGACAGUCUGCCUGGAGGGACCAUUACGGACGAGACGCUGCGGUUCGUUGGCCGCAGCCGGCGGCUGGUGAUUGUGGUGAGCGCGUUCAGCGCGGUGCAGGGUACCCAGGCUCUGCUGGAGCUUCAGGCCGGUCUGGCCAUGCUGCGGGGGGGCCACCUGAGGGUGGUCCUGAUCCAGUAUAAACUUGUAAACAAGCAGUGUUGGGUGAAGGAGCUGCGCAGGGCGCGCGUCGCUCUCACCCUGAUCCGCUGGCAGGGGGAGAAGUCCCUACCUCUGUCGUCUCGCUUCUGGAAGCAGCUGCAGCUGGAGCUGCCCAUCCGCAAACACACCACACACACGGACACAGAGCGCACACUCGACCUCACGGACCACGCAAAGCGCAAACACCCGGAGGAGAGCACGGCGCUGAUUCUGGACUCUCUGAGUAAACCUGACACACAGGCACAUCAGAAACAGAGAGCGCAGAGCAGCAGCGCUGCGGUUUAAACCAGGGCUCCUCAACCACUUCUGCCUCAGGGCCCACCUGUUUACUUGCGCAGUUGCUAGGCUGAUGCCGAAUAGUUAUAGUACUACAAUAUGGUUUAGCUGCAAUAUUCAAUUCCAUUUUUUACGUAUUAUUUGCGAUAUGCCGUUAGAAAGCUUGGCGUCUUGAAAGAAGCAGUUACGAUCGUCUCUUUUGCAACAUUUGCAGAGUGAUUGCGCAGCUUAAGCAGUUGCUAGGCAGUUGCUAGGGAAAUGCUGAACGGUUACUAUAGUAUUUAAGGUGGUUGCAAAUGUGGUGAUAAAUGGUUGCUAUAGUAUCCCAGGUGGUUGCUAGGGUGUUGCUAGGUGGUUGCUAGGGUGUUGUUAUGUGGUUGCGAGGGUUGCUAUCUUUACCCACAUGGUUAAUAGAGUGCUACUAAUGGACUCGUAUGAACAUGACCCCAGCUUUUGCGCCCUGAUUCAUUCCUAAUUUGUCACUUAACGAUAAAUUAUAAGAAUAAUAAGAGGAGGAUGGGUUCCUCUUUUGAGUCUUGGGUCCUCUCAAGGCUUUUUCCUCUUGCUCUUAGGGAGUUUUUCUGCCACUGUUGCCCUUGGCGACGCUCAGGAACCUGAUUUUUCUGUAAUGCUGCUUUGUGACAGUUAAGUAAAAAGUGCAAUAGAAAUAUAUUUGACUUGGUGUUUAAAGGAACUAUAGGAUAAGAAUAGUGUAAAUGACGAAUUCAUAUUGUUUGCAGUUUGACAGCAUUUUAGAUUUACUUUUAAUUGUUACAUGAGGUAUUUUUUCCAGUGGUUUUUGAGUCAUCACUGGCCCACUACAGACCACUGGCUGAGAAACCCUGCUUUAAACUGAAUGGUCCUCACAGGUGGCAGCUCUCAGGCUCAGCACCAGAACCAUCACCAUCUCAUGACCACUGCCACAUUGUUAACAUUCCACACUGUAAACCUAACCUGUUCUAGAUCAUGGAGCAGAACAGAUGCACUUCAUCCAAACUGUUGACCUGCGUUUUUUUUAACAUCAGUUUUAUGCAUCAAAUCGUCCAGCAAUACGGUGAUGCAGUAUACAGUUAGAAAGCUUGAACUCUCAGGAUUUGAUUCCCAUAAACCGUUUUAUGAUCCGUCAUUCACAGCAGUUGCGACCGUCUCAUUUACAUCAUCAGCACCGAAUGAACACCAGCAAAUCUGUGUCCUCACCCUCAGAGCCUCUCCGCCUCCACAGAGACACCGUCAUCUAGAACAUGCGGUCUGAUAACACAGCAAGAGUCAGAGAUCAGUUUAGAGAUCGAUGAGUCAGGAGGAAAGAAACUCCUCCGUUUCUCUGAGUCAGUGAUUCAUACAGUUAUUCUGACAUGAGAGUGUUUCCGAGAUCACGACUGCAGCCCAGAGUAUGUGGGAACAGCGCCCCCUGUAGCUUUGGGUAUGCCAUUUCAGGUAGAAUUGGGGCCACAGAUAUCAGGCUAACCCUUUUAUCUCCAUCCUAAACUUAAGAGUGAAACAACAGCAGUACUUUAAUACUGAGUUUGAACACAAGCUGAUUUUACUGAAUACAAAUGAACUAAAAAUUACAGACAGUAUUUUUUUUUAGUUGCCAGAAAUCAUUAGGCCUUCUCUGAAAGUCUAGGAGGCUCUGAGGGUUCCUCUCUAGGGUUUACAUUUAGAGCUGGGUCUAAAACCUCACACUACUACACUUUACUCCAUAGGAAGGAAUUUGAAUGGAUUUUGAUAUUGUAAUAAAUGAAUUUGGAAUUUUGAAAUUUGAAUUUAAAAUUUUGAUAUUGCUAUUUUGCUAUUUUGAUGUGGUGUGGUAGUCUGCGGUUUUGGACGCAGCCUAACUUCAGAUUUCAUAACUUGAGAUUUGUGAAAAAUCUCAUCUUGACCUCAUCAGAUCUUAUAUAUAUAUAUAUAUGUGUGUGUGUGUGUGUGUGUGU